CUUAAAGCUCUGUUUAAUUUCUUUUAUAUGUCGACCAAUGUCUUAUUCUUACAGGAUAUAUUGAGGGGAAAAUAUAUAAUUUGGAAACAAGCAAUCAAUGUGGUCCCAAAGCCUAAUAUACACACAUAUAUAUAUAAAUACAUUAAUUUGAAAGUAACAUACAGAUAAAUCUUUCUGAGUUUUUAAGGUUAUUGUUUCCGUGCGAUUUUAUCAGUUCCAAGAAGUAAGGGAGCAGAAGAAAACAAGUGUCGCAUCUUCAACUAUGUAAGAGUGACACUCAUCCCUACACUUACCACGUCUUAGGCUCUAACUAUCUUACACUUGUUCUUUUCUCUCCCGUUAACUUCACACUUCUUCCCCAUGCAUUUUAAGAAGCCGAUGGCCGAUUUGUAGUAAAUUUACAAGGACUCUCUCUUUAUUUAAUAAGAAAAUGAUGAAUAGAGGAUUUUAAUAAGUAGUGGUAGAAUUAUAGGUACUUCGAGCCGAAGCACCUAACGAAUGGUUGAGCCAUGUGUUCUGAGUCGCUUGCCAGACCAUCCUUCGUCUUGACACGUGCGACACAAGUACGACAUAUUCCAUUUUCGCAUUAUAGUAUAUAUUUUGUCCCUGAUUUUUGUUAUUUUUAUCUAAAUUGUUAUACCUAUCCAGAAACAUAACGGGAAAACUGUUUGGAACAAAACCGGUGAAACUUAUCACCAAGUCAAACCAGAAAACGAAAAUCACAGAAUCGUAACCAGUACGGAAAUUUAAAAGUAGAAAUAAAUAUUAAAAGUUCAUAAAAACCCAAAAUACUGUAUUAGUCCGUAGAAAGCAACUGUAACUAUUAAUGGUUUGCUUAUUUUUCUUUCUUUUUAACAUCAGACCAAACAUGUUCAGGACUUCUAGAUUAACUUGUAAUAAAAAAGGUAAAAAUUAACCAAAAAGUAUAUCAAAUAAAACAUAUACAGUAUAGUUAUUUAUUAUAAUACUAUAAGAAUGUAUGUUCUUAUAACUCUAUACUCACAGUAAAUAACUGUUAAUUUAAUACAUUGAAAUUUAACUUAAAUAAGAAUGAUGAGAAAUGCUGGAAGCGACAGCGUCAUUCAGGUAAAUUAUUCUAUAAUAUAGAUAUUUUUGUUGGCCUGGUGAAUUAUACAUUUAUACUACAUUAUCUAUGAUCGAAAUUUAAAUGUCUAUAUUGAAAAAGUCUAAAUUCAUCUGUUGAAAAGGUUUUAAAAUCACGUUUUAAGCAUAUAAAGCUGUUGACAAAAAAAAAAGCAUAUAAGGCUUUCGAAAGAAAACUUGUCUCAUCAUCAAAGCAGUGGUCGGGGUCGCUUUCUUGUAACACAGAGCCAUUUGAAUAAACAAAACGAGAUUCCUUAGUAUACAUAAACACACGUAGACAUUCAUACAAAUGCCACGUAAGAAUACAUAUACUCCUGACGUAUCCAUGAAUACAUAUAAACAUACGCCUCAGGUUUCACUUUAGUAUUUAUAUGUACGUACUCGUUACAAAUUUAGUUAGUCUAGAUCGAAACUGAAAAUAUCCAACUCUCAAAGAACACACCAUGGAAGAGCAACCUCCGGCAAAGAAACGAAACAUGGGAAGGUCUCGAAAAGGUUGUAUGAAAGGUAAAGGCGGUCCUGAGAACGCCACAUGCACUUUCCGUGGAGUUAGGCAACGGACUUGGGGUAAAUGGGUCGCUGAGAUCCGUGAGCCUAACCGUGGCACCCGCCUCUGGCUCGGCACUUUCAAUACCUCAGUCCAAGCCGCCAUGGCUUACGAUGAAGCCGCUAUGAAGCUGUACGGACCCGAGGCUAGACUCAACUUGUUACAACCACCACAAAAACAAAAACAAGAAGUAAAGAGGAACUUGUCCUUUUCUGACCACGGGUCAGGUUCUUGGUCUUAUAAGCUCGAUACGAUUCGUGGGCUGGACCUUGGUCUCGGCCCGUCUAAUGGUUCACGCGGUUCGUGGUCGGGGAGUUUUAGCAUUCCACAAGAAGAUGAUCAUCCUAAUGUUUCUUGGUUGUUACCUAAACGAAGUAGUUCACAAGAUCAAGAAAGCGUUAAUGAUGCGAGUGGCUUAGCGUUUUCGAAUAAGAUGCAACCGAGAAACUUGAUGAUGACUCCGAAGCAUGGAUCAUCGAAUGGAGUUUGGUCUAGGUUUCUUGUGGGACAAGAAAAGAAGACAGAAUAUGACGUGUCAUCAUCGUGUGGCUCGUCAGACAAUAAGGAGAGUAUAUUGGUUCCUAGUGUCAGUGGCGGAGAAGGGAUGCGUAGGCCGGAGGUGGAGGUGGAGGUGGGAACAGGGUAUUUGGAGAUGGACGAUCUUUUGGAGAUUGAUGAUUUGGGUUUGUUGAUUGGCAAAGAUGGAGAUUUCAAGAAUUGGUGUUGUGAUGAGUUUCAACAUCCAUGGAACUGGUUCUCUGAGAGGUUUUAGUUUAUCGUUGUUAUUAUUUAUUAAGUAUCUUUUAAGAUCGAUAUUUAGGAUUGUUAAUUUGUUAUAUACGUCAAGCGUCGUGGGUUCUUUCUCUGCUUGCAUGUACUCGUGUAUAAAUAUGUUUGAUUGCGUGUUUGAGAUUAUACUAAGGAUAUGUGAAAGGAACUCUCUUUUUAUUAUUUCAUUUUACUAGACAACAUCCUCAAAAAAGAAAAAGAAACACAAGUUAAAUACUUCAGUUGUGAGAUCUUGCCUAAUAUAUUCACAGGCAGUUUCUUCUACCAUCACCAAAUGCCAUCUUCAGAGGUUGCUGUGGCUCAUUCUCAUUCUCUUAAUCCUCUGACUGAGUAACCCUUUGCCUCAGGCAUCAUCAUCCAUGGAUUGAUUUAAUAAAUAUUAAAAAUAAAAUAUUAUCUUAAAUUACGAAAUAUAAAGUAAAAAUAUUAAAUUUUAAAUAUACCAAUUUUAAAUAUUAUAUUUAAAUAUAUAUAUAUAUAUAUAUAUAUAUUUAAUAAAAUAUAAUAAAUAAUCAUUAACUAUUUUAAAUUUACAACAAAAUUAAAUAUCUGUUUACUUAAAACUAUUUUACUGUAAUUUAUUAUUAAAAAGAAGAAAUUUGUUUAAAAUAAGAUAUUUUGUUGUUUUGUUAAUGACAAAAUGUGUAUUGAAAAAAAUAUACAAUUUAAAAUACAAGUAUUUUGUUUUUGGAGUUUACAUUAUGAUGUUUUCUUAAAUAGGCUAAGUUUUUUUAAUAAUUAGAAACCUUUAAUAGAUCAAGAUUUUAGACAUAAAUGGCUUUAGAAUUCAAAUCAUAUUAAUUCAUUAAAUUGACUUAAUGAUGAUUAUCUUUUUAAUUAACAUAUUUUUUUUCUGGAUUUUAUCCAUUUUUGUGUGUGCAAAUUAUAAAUUAUUAUAUGUGCACAUAAAAUUUUUGUACAAAAAUACAAUAAUUUUCAAAAAAUUAUAGGUGCAUAUGCACCCUCUUCUCGUAUCCUAGCUUCGUCCCUAAAUAAUAUCAAAUAAAUCCGUAAAGAUUUUUAUAUUCUUGAAAAAAACCUUUAUUAUUAUUGUUCUACUACUAGUUUUGAAUAUGACAUCCACGUUGUAAAAACACAUUCAAUAAUAAUUUUAGAAUUACAGAAUUUUACCACAUUAAUUAUGAUUCUACAGUCCUAAACUCUAAAUAACUUUAACAACAAAAACAUCCCAAAAUCAUUAACUCUAGCUAAUCUAAACUCUAAUUUAAACAUAUAGUGCUUAACUAAAAAAAGGAACUUUCUUAGAUUUUAACUAUCAUAAAAAAUAUUUAAAUAUGUUUUCAAAAUAAAUACAAAAUUAAGAUUGUUGAACCG